AUGGCGUCGCGACGCGUGCUGCUGCUCGUCGGCCCGUGUAGGGUCGACGGCGGCGAGGCCGCGGCGACCGGCGACCUCGGCGGCCUGGAGGAUGCGCUCGAUCGCGUGCGCGAGGCGUGCGCGUCGUCCGGUGACGACGGAGGAUGGGCCGACGUCGGCCUCGGCGCGCCGUCCACCAAGUUCGCCUGCUGCAGCUGGUGGCCCGACGUGGGCGCCAUCGCGUACGCCGACGGCGCGCGAUCCGAUCAGCGAUGGAUCGAGGGAACGAGCGUCGGCGACGCGCUCGGCACGAUGGCGGCCAAGGCGUCCAAACGCACCCGCGACACGGACGACAAAGACGACGAGCUCGAGGCGACCACCCCGGCGGAGGCCGCGGCGAGAGCCCUGGAGCUCAUCCGGCAGUCGGAGCCAGAUCUCGGAGGGGGACGAUACGUCGACGUUGUGUGGAUCACCGCCGGCGUCCUGUCAGAUCGAAGCGCACGAUCCAUGGACGAGAGCGUCAGCGGCGGCGGCGGCGACGAAGCCGGAGAGCGGUGGCCGGAAGAGGCUGUCGCGGCGUGGGGGGUGCUGAGGGCGGCCAAGGCGGCGGGCGCCAGAUGCGCCGUCGUCGCGCUGGCGCCCGUGAGAAAUUCCAAAUCAGCCGCCGGUACCUCGAGGACGAUACCCGCGACGAUACACGCGGUGGCGGCGCGGACCGGUGCGGAGGCGUCGCUGUUCCGCGGCGGAAAGUCGGGCGGCGGCGCGGGCGUCGGGCUCGAUCCGGGUCUGCGGUGGCGGGGCUCGCUGCUGGUGCCGUCGACGGCGACGACGACGACGACGCUGACGGGGCUCAGCCUCUCCGCUCCCCGCCGCUCGAUCGUCCGCGCGGAGUCCCAGCCCGCGUCGUCGGGGCGGCGACGCGUCGACGGGGACAUGGUCCUGCUCGAGGUGGUCCGCCUCGAGGUCGUACCCCCGACGCAUCUGUCGUCGCGACCGGCGCUUCGAUUCGACGCGGAUGAUUCGCCGAGGGGCGCCACAGCUGUGAUGCGCGCGUGGACGUCGGUCGUCGAGUCCGUUCCACCCGCGCGCGCCCCGGCGUUCAUCGUUCGCAUCUCCCUCGGCGACGGAUCGACCGGGACGACGACGACGACGACGACGAUGACGACGAGUGGGGGUAAGCCGCCGCCGGCUCCGCACGGAUCGGGUCCGGUGCUGAUGAUUUACGCGGACGGGUCGGGGGGUUUCCUGGCGUCCGCGCUCGCGUCGUUCCCGGCGCUUCUGAGGCGAGCGCUCGUGCGCGUCCAAGCGCAACGCGCGGCGGAGGACUCGUUCUCGUUGGGGGCAACGUCGGAGCGGAACCGCGCGGGGGGGGAGGGCGUUUCAAAGGCGACGACGAGCGCGGGAGCCGGGGCGAGCGAGAUGACGACGACGACCGGCGGCGGGAAGCGGGUCCGGUCCGCCGGUCGAUCGUCGAGGAAGACCACCCGGCGCGGGGAGGACGAGGACGAUUCGGCGGCGACGCGCGCGGACCUCGGGGAGGAGGCGCUCAAGGCGGUGGCGAUGAUGGACGUGAACGCGUCGCUCGGCGCAGCGUUGGAUCUCGCGUUGUUGGAUCGAACCGAUCUCGCGAAGGAAACGGCAAAGGAAGGGUCUAAGAGGAGGCGUCGCAGCGUGAGGUUGAGCCAGGGCGCGUCGCCGGCGGGGACGCACUCCAGCGUCGGCGUCACCCAGCCGCCGCAGCGUCGGGCGUACGGCGCCGACGGGGGCGCGGCGCCGCCGCCCAUACACCGGAUGCUCGACGUCCUCGUGCGGCGCCAGGAGGCGUCUGACGUCGUCGCCUGCCCGGAGGACGACGACGUCCCUUUCCUCACCGGGGUUCUGCUGAGGACCGCCGCGGACGUGGCCGCCGGGGACGAUGUCCUGCGUUGGGCGUUCCGAGCCGCGGGGGAGCUCGCGGCGUCGGAGGAGAACGGCGAGGGAGACGCGCGCGAGGGAGACGGAGAGGGCCGCGAGGUCGCCGUCGCCGACUCGGGCGGCGAGGUUUUUCCGAGCAAGAGCGGCGCGAGUUCGCAUCAGCACGUCGACCUCGCAUUGGGCGGCGCGGGAGUUGACGACGACGGCGGCGGAGCGCCGACGCCGUCGGGGAAGGCUCGGCAGAGGCUGGACCGGCGCGAGCGAACCAGGACGGCGCUCGCGCCGGGGAAGAAGGGAAACCUCGCGUCGAUUUCGGGUAAGCGGGGCGCGGCCAUAUUAGCGGCCGCCGGCGGGGGAGGAGGAGGUGUGGGUCGGACGAGUCGGGGGCGACGCGAGCAGCCGCCGCAGAAGCCGCCGCAGCAGCCGCAGCAGCCGGAGAGGGAACCCAGCGAGUCCGCGGCGGGUGCGGGUCGCGUCGCGGCCGGGACGGCGGCGGCGGCUGUUGCGAAGAAAUGUCCCGCGUGCGACAUCGACCUGGCGCCGAUCCCGGGAAUGAAGCACUGCUACGGAUGCGGCGGACCGCUGUGAUGA